AUGUCCGCCAAGCAAGCCCUCUGUGACCAGGAUGUGGUGGAUUUGCAAGCAUCUCCUGCUAAAAGUGAGGCCAGUUCAGUUGACAUUUAUGAUGGACUGGACAUGUCUGUAACUGUUCCAGAUGAAACCACUAAGCCAUCCAGUUCUCCAAGAGACUGCUUGGACCUAUAUGAGGAAUUAAUUGCAGAAGAAGGAACUGCUAAGGAAGCAUCAUUUAACAAUUUAAAUGCUGAAUAUGAAAAGUCCCAGAAACAAAUGAAACAGCUAGUGAGCAAGUUGAAGGAAAUGCAGUGUUUGAACAACAACUUGCAAAAUGAAAACCAGUGCUUAAAAAAAAAUAUUUCUGCUCUUAUAAAAACAGCAAGAGUUGAACUCACACGUAAAGAGGAAGAGAUCAACAGACUUAAUCAACGGCUGUGUGUUCCAGGAAGUACUCGAAGUUUUAAGCCAAAUACAGUACCAUUAUUAAGUGUAAAUACAAAAUUAAAGAACAAUGAGCCGUCUAAAGACCCAAUAAAUAAGACUAGUAGCAUAAGGAAAGAAGGGAAACCACAAGGAACUUCUAAAGACCAGAUGGGUAACUCUUCUUCUACAAAAAGCUGUUCUGAACAGGCAAAGUCUUCUGUAGAAUCUAAUUCAGAAUCUAAUGCAAAAAUGGAGCAAAGACACUGCAAGGAGAGUGAAGGAACAGAAAAACAGACUUCAAGGCACAAGGUAAUGGUAGAUGAGAAAACUAAAAGAGAAAUGAACUCCGAUAGUCAGAGUAGAGAUGUAGAUCGACGGCAAAGGAGUGAAGGACACAGAUCUAGUCUCAGCACUGUAGCAGACGAUGGUAUUUGUGAAAUAAAAGAAAAGUCACUUGGACAACCAACAAAAACUGGAAAAAGUGAAAGAUCUCAAGAAACCAGAAAUUCUAAAAAGUCAGAUGAUUGCAAAAUGGACAGUAGGAAACAUUCCUCAGCCUCCCAUGAUAAACCAAGCUUUUCAAAAGAAAACACACGAUCCCAAGAACUGCAUCAGUCAAAAGAAAAGUAUAUAAAAACACAUGAAAAAUCUCAACACAGAAAGGAGUCUAAAGGAUAUGAGCAAGACAAAACUGUGAAACACAAACACAGAACACUCGAAAAGGAUGAUGGGUCCCAAAGGUUGAAUAGAACCCAUUUUUCGACUCUUAAAAAUGACUACUCUCAAAAAUCCUCACCAUCGGAACAGAACAAAAGGAGUAUUGAUUCUGACAGAAAGGAUAAACGUUGCUCAGAGUACAGUGGUUCCAAAAAUGUAAGCAAAGACUCAAAAUCAAGCAAGAAUGAAGUUAGGCCAUCACCAACCAAAGUUAAGUAUAAAUGUGAUAGCAAAAGUUUAUCUGAUCGGGACAAUAGGGCUGAAAAGAAAAAAUCUAAAGAUGAAGACGAUGUUGGAUUUGAUCAAAAUCACAGAGGGCACCGAAAAGAGAAAGUGUCUCACCAUUCUUCAAAUAAAGUAAAAAUGCAAGACUGUCCUAGUAGAGCAGAAGUGAAUUCCCAAAAUCUUACAAAAAGCUCAACUUGUCAGAAGGAAGAUAAUUCUGUAAAGAACUUGAAGUUAUCCUUUAUGGAGACUCUUAAUCUGACCCUUUCUCCAGCUAAAAAAAAAAAAUCAAGAUUCAGAAUCGGCAAACUCUCCUGUGUCUGCUAAGGAAACUGGUAUAGAUUUUGUAAAUAUAGAGGUAUCUUCUAAAGUGUGCACAAGCACUAAAGAUGGUGGAGAAUCUGAAGAACAUUUAGGUAAACCUAGCUUAAUGGAUUUGAAGCAUAGUACAAAACUCUCUGUAGCAGAUCCCAUUUCUUCAGAUGAUUUAAGAUUGGUGCAUCAUUCUGAGUCUGAAGAUACUUCAGCACUUCACAGAGAACAGUCAACAGUGACCAUUAAGGAGGGCAAGGCACUUGCAGAAUCUACACAAUCAAAUAUAGAUUGUCUGCAAGUCUUACAUAUGGAACCAAAGGCCAACAUUUCUGAUGAUGUGGACACACAAAGCAUUUUAGAUGAUUCUGAUCUUAUUGUGCUUGAUUCUUACAUUGAAAUUGACAAGUGUAGCGAUAACGAGAUCUCUUCAGCAAAUCUGAACAUGCCUGUGCCAGCUGAAAAUGUUCAAGAUAAUGGAGUUAUCUUAUCGCAGAUAACUGAAGAUGUAGACCAGACAAGCGACUUGAAACCAAAUAUGACUCGGUCCACAACAGGUAUAUGUGAAUCCUCAAAUACUGAUCAGUGUUUACAUGAUGAAAGUUCUGUAAUAAGCCUUGACUUAAAUUUCUUAAGACGUAUACCUAAGGUCGUCAGUCCACUAAAAAGCCCAGCCAGACCUCUAGCACAUCUGCCUACAACUGAACGCACGACCAAGGCUUCAGUAGUGAGCGUGUCAUAUAAAGAUCUUCCAUCAGAUGUAAAUAUGCGCACUCCAAAUGAGCUGAACAAAGAGAAUUGUGAACCAGUCAGCAAAACUGAUAAAGACUCUGAAACUUUUCCAAUAGAGAUCUCUUCUGAUGAAGUUGAGGAAGGGGAGAUUAUAAGUGAUGAAGAACCAGAUAAUGAGCAAACCUCACAGUCUAAAAGUAGCCCAAGCCAAACUGAGCCCAUCAAAGGUACAAAUGUGAUGAAGAGCCCUGAAAGUCAGGAAAGCAAGGUAGCUUCUUUGACCAAACCAAAUGGAGUCAUUUCACCACUCAGGCAAUCAACUUCAAAAGCAAAGAAAAAAACAAAAGAGAAUACAAAAGCAAAAUUGCUUGCGUUGCCAGUUGACAGAGGGAAAAAUGUAAGCGCUGACUCUUGCCUUGAAGGAGUUUUAAAAAUUGUUCCUCCAUCAAAUAUACAGGAUGUUCUACAGAUGUUGAGAAUAAUAAGAAAGCAUAUAAGAAAAAAAUACAUGAAAUUUAAGAUACAGUUUCCACUAUCCCAGUUCCAUCGCUUUGUUGAAGCAGCAUCAUUAUGCUUUACCACUCUAGCAAACCGUUUAGAUUGGUCUAGGUUGUGUUCUUCACCAGACAAAUUGCAAAACAAAAUGUGUAAGGUUAUUGAAUCCAGGCUAAAGCAGCUUAAAAAGAAUGGGAUUGUAGAUCGGAUCUUUGAGCAGCGGCUCAUAGAUAUGAAAAAAAGGCUAUGGAAAUUUGUAGAAGAACAGCUUGACUCUUUAUUUGAUACUCUUAAAGGAGUGAUCAUAAAACUAUGUGGCAAUGCCAAAUUAGAAACUGACCAAGAUGAGAAUAAAAUAAGUGCAAUAUCAUCAACAAAAUUGCAAAAAUCUGAUCAAAUAAAGUCUCAAAAAGUGAAUAAGACUAAAGCUUCUGUAGCCAAAUCAGAAAAUGAACGUUGUUUAAGACGUUUAGACUUUCAAUAUCAAAGAGAUGCUGCAAACACAAAACCUCAAACUACAGGGGACCCCAGUGUGGAAAAGAAGCUCUUAAAAGAUUUGAGUACCACCUGUGACAAAAUUAGUAUUUCACCUGGUCAUCACACGAGCCUAAAACCAAAUAUGUCCUCUUCAUCCACUGCCAAACCCAACCCAUCGAAUGAAUGUCAAAUAGAUCAGCAAAGCUCUGCAGGGUUAUCCUUUAACUUAGUAAGUGAUGAUCACAUGGGUGACAUUUUUAAAACUUUGCUGAAUGACAAUUUAGAGUUUAACACCCUGCAUGAAAACAUAUGGAUAUUGGACACUCCAGAGAAAAAAAGCACCUCAAGUCAAAGAUAUGAUGCUGUAAAUUCUUUGACAGAAAUUAAAACGCCAGUUAAGGUAGCUUUUCCUUGGACUUCUAUUUCCCCUCCACAUAUCGGUACUUUACCUAGACAUGAGACUGUACUAACCCCAGAUGUUUUUGAUGAAAGCUGUCUGCUAGAAGUCCCUACAAGCACCUCAUCCAGCAAAAGUGUAGCAACCUCUGAGGACCGAUUCAAGUCCUAUUCAGUUCUUAUGGAAGAUCUUGCCGUGUCACUUACUGUACCUUCACCCCUGAAAUCUGAUUCUCAUCUUAGUUUUCUUAGGCCAGUUUAUGAUACUGAAUCAUUAUCUAAAAUAAAUGCACAUUUUAGUGAAGAUGCUGUCUUGGAUGAGGAAGAUGCCACAGAAGAGGACAUACAUUUAACUUUGGAUUCAGACAACUCAAACCCUGGUUCACCAGAAAAUUCUACUGAACCUGAUGGCUUUCAGUGCCAUCCAAGCGAACCCAUGCAAGCAGUUAUAAUGGAGAAAUCCAAUGAUCACUUCAUUGUUAAAAUAAGACGUGCUGUAUCAUCUAAUUCUCCAUUGUCUGACAGCUCUUUGGUAGUAGAAGCUGACAUUGCAGCUACAGGUCAGCUGGAGAGUACACAUGGUAACAUUCUUGAUGAAAGUUUGAAACAAGGGAUCCAUGUUGAAACCAAACUCAAAGCAGACACCGAGAACGCUUUAUUUGGUGAGUCCAUGGUGCCAUAUUCUGAGGAGUCGAGUUUCACAAAAAUUGAUGAGAAAUUAGAACAUUUUACAGAUGUAAAACAAUGUACAUGUUCAUCGCCUAAAAAUGUGUAUUCCACAUCUGUAUUUCCUGAUGCCUUAAACCAAAGUUUAACAGACCCAUCUGAAGUUGAGUUAACAAAUGUACUUCAUACAGAGAAAGCUCAGCUAGACAGUGAUAAAUUGGUAACAAUUUGUUCUGAAAGCAGUCCAAAAGAUAGUGACAAGAUGAAAUCUGUUGAACAACAGCUGAUGCACUGUGACAAGAUGGAAACAACCUUUACAGAGGAAAUCAUAAACUGUCAAACUCCAUGUGCAAAUACAAUUAUAGGGAGCAUUCCUGAAGCUGUGUCUGUAGACUUCAAUCCGAAGAAAAAGAAAAGGAAGUCAUCAGAGAAGGGACCUUCAUCCAAGAGACUAAACAUUUCUUUUCUUCCUGACAAGAACACUAAAAAGGAAGGUUCCUGCUAUAGCAGGACUGAGGAUGAAGACAAACCACAACGAAAACACAGAAGGGUUGUCAGUGAAAGCAAUGUAAUCUUUUCUUCAUUUAAGCAUUCCCCAAGUGGUGGAAUAUCUGCAAAGAAUGUGAUCAAAAAGAAAGGAGAAGUAGUUGUUUCCUGGACAAGAAAUGAGGACCGUGAAAUUCUAUUAGAAUGUCAACAACAUGGACCUAGUAGAAAAACAUUUCUUGCCUUGGCAUCAAAGAUGAGUAAAUAUCCACAUCAGGUGGAAGAAAGAUUCCGACAGUUAAUGAAGUUGUUCAAGAAGAGCAGAAAUAGUAUAAGCUGA